AUGGCCGCCUCGGACAACCAGCUCGUCCUCCCCAUCAUCGACUCCCAUAUUCACCUCUACCCGGCCUCUGAGCUCGAUACCCUCUCCUGGGCCACGCCUGACCACCCUCUCUACGCCCAGCACUCGCUAGAGCAGUACAAGGCCGCCACCGCCACCGCCCCGUCCCUGCUGGGAUUCAUCUUCGUUGAGACCGACCGCAAACACGACUUGGCUGCUGGCGCCGCCGGCGACGACUCCGGCUGGGAGGCGCCUCUACAGGAGGUGCGUUGGCUGCGCCGUAUCGCCCUUGGCGAGCCCCGCGACGGCGAGGGGCACACCGCCGACGACGCGAAGCUCUGCCUCGGCAUCGUGCCCUGGGCACCCAUCCCCAGCGGGCCGGCGGUGCUGGAGCGGUACCUUGACAAGGUCAAGGAGGAGGCCGGCGCGGCCUGGCCAAAGGUCAAGGGGUUCAGGUAUCUUCUGCAGGACAAGCCCCACGGCACCAUGCUCGAGCAGAGCUUCAUCGACGCUCUGAAGCUGCUCGGUCGUCGAGGUUUCGUGUUCGAGGUCGGAGUUGACCACCACCGUCGCGGACGGAAGCAGCUCGAUGAGCUGAUUGAGCUCGUAGACCGCGUGCACGACGGCGUGCCUGAAAAUGAAAGGGUCAAGUUGGUGAUUAACCACCUCUGCAAGCCGGACCUGUCCAUCUACAACCUCACCACCGACCCCGCCUUUCUUGCCUGGCGCACCACCAUCUACGCCCUCGGCAAGGUGCCCCAGGUCUACAUGAAGCUCUCGGGCGGCUUCGCCGAGAUGCCCCCGGCCCUGCGCGGCCAGGACGCCGCCCACAUCUUCCAGGCCGUCUUUGGCUGGCUCGGCGUCGUCCUCGCCACCUUUGGCGCUCGCCGCAUCAUGUUUGGCAGCGACUGGCCCGUCUGCACUGUCGGCAUGCCCGAGGGGCAAGCAGAAGCGGACGGCGGGUGGCCGCGAUGGCGGGCAGUCGUCGACAAGAUGUGCUGGAUGGCCUCGCUGGACGAUGAGGAGCGCGCCAUGAUUUACGGCGGCACCGCCAAGGAGGCGUACGGCCUGUGA